UGAUUCGAUUCGGCAAGAACCCCAUUAUCCGAAAGCUCCUUCCAAGCAUUCACUCUCAAUAGUCUCAUAAUCUCGUAAUACAUCAUCAUUUUUACAUUCUACAACAACCGAAUUGCCAUUGAAUCCGCCAACCUCGCUCACCACCCAAACCAAACAUCCAAGUCGCUAAAAUGUCUGACGACGAGCGUGAAACAAAACCCUUCAAGUUCGUCACUGGUGUCGACGCUCGAUUUCCCAAUCAGAACCAGACGAAGCACUGCUGGCAAAACUACGUUGAUUACCACAAGUGCAUCAACGCCAAGGGCGAGGACUUUGCCCCAUGCCGUCAGUUCCUACUUGCCUACCGAUCUCUAUGUCCGAGCGGAUGGUACCAACGGUGGGAUGAUCAACGAGAGGCUGGAAACUUCCCCGCCAAGUUGGAUGCUUAAGCGUAUCUUAUGACUUGCAUAUGAUUUUCAGAAGCAUCGGCCGAAUCAGCAGUGUUGGGCUAUCACGAUGUAGUACAUAACCUGAACUUCCUAAGCCAGCCAACAAUUAGAGAUUGGUUGCAGAGAUACAUAUGCUAUUUAUAUUUACCUAUCAAGUGAUCAGUCGGCAUUCCUCAUUGCUUUCUAAACUAAAUAAUGAAUAUUACCUUAGCUAAGAGCAAUAUACAAGGCUUGAGUCUUUGCGUUUCCCUCAGUGUGAAGUUUAUGGUUCCAGGACCUUCCAGCAUAUCCAUAUAAUUAUCAUCAGGCUUCAAGGAUCACACACGUUCUCAUUCCAAUUCCCUUUGAAGGAUGUUAGGAAUGGUGUUGGAUAUGUUAAGACAGCAUAUAUGUCACUGCGCAGUUUAAUGUCGUUAUAAUAAGAUGUUUAUCGCAUUCA